UGUAGUGUCCCUGUAUGUGCCUAAGGGGGUCUAUAGGGCCGAUGGGGGGAAUGCAUUAGUGUUGGAGAUCUGUGGAAGUUCCUUGGGAGAGUAUAUGGGCCCCAUAUGUACGUACAGCCCCUAUGACGUACAUGCAGCCCCUGCGUGCUCGUGGGGCGGAGCUGUGGGGGUCCACGUGCCGCCCUGGAGGAAUCCUAUAGAGAACCUACAGGGCCUGUAGGACCUCAUAGAGCCUGGGUGGGCGGAGCGUCACAUUCCAAAUAUGGUCGUGGCCACGCCCACGCGGAAGCCACGCCCUGGCCUCACCUCCCGCCCCGCCCCCUGGCCCCACAUCGCCUCAGCUGUCGUCCCCACCAAUCAGCGAGCGGUGUUGGCGGGCGGGGAGCGAGGCCAUUGGCUGGAGCAGGCGGAGAACGCGCUCUAAUUGGCCGGGCGGCGGGCGGGGAGGGCCGGGGGCGGGGCGACGCGGGCAGAGUGCAGCAGAGUUGAGCGCGGCGCGGGAGAGAAGACGCCCGAGCGGUGCGGCGGGCGAGAAGAGCCCGCUGAGCGGAGAGAGAGAGCGGCGCUGUUGCCAUGGAGACAACGGUGCACCCCUAUUGGCCGCGCACGCUGUCGCUGCCGGGUUACGUCACCAGUGCGCGACCCGGCUGGCAGAGCGCAGGCGCGGUGGCGGCGGCGGGGGCGGGGCUUCUGGCGCUGGGCUGGGCGCUGAGCGGGGCUGAGCGGAGCUCCGCCCGGCGCCUGGCCGCCAGUUGGUUCCUGGUGUGCGCCGGGGUGCACGGGGUGCUCGAGGGGUACUUCAGCCUGCGGCACCGGGAGCUGCCCGCCGACACCGGGCUGCUGGCCGACAUCUGGAAGGAAUAUGCCAAGGCAGACAGCCGCUACAUGACGAGCGAUGACUUCACGGUGGCCAUGGAGUCGGUGACGGCGUGGGCUUGGGGCCCCCUCAGCUUCCUCACCUUCCUCGCCUUCCUGUGCCGCCAUCCCGCCCGCUUCGUGCUGCAGCUCGUCGUCUCCCUCGGGCAGCUCUAUGGGGACAUCCUUUACUUCGCCACGGAGGCGCGGGCGGGUUGGACCCACAGCGACCCCCGCCCGCUUUAUUUUUGGGUGUACUUUGUGGGGCUCAAUGGGAUCUGGGUGGUGGUGCCCGCCGCCCUCAUCGCCGAUGCCUGCAAGCACCUCUCAGCUGCCCAGCGUGCCCACGACAGCCCCCGGCAGAAGGCACAUUGACCCCCAGGACCUGUUUGGUCCCGACCCAGAAGCCCCACAGCCCCCCACAUCCGGACCUGGGACCCUCGGAGGGCCCUCUGUUGCACCCAAGACCUCUGCAGCCCCCUGGCUCCGGGCCCGAGGAGCCCAGGGUCACCUUGAAGCCAACUUGAGACCCCCGGGGCUCUUUGAUUCGGGGGAAAGGGACAAAGCUGGAUGGGGGGGGGGCUUCAGACCACCGCGGGCUGCCCCCGAAUCGGGCUCUGCUUUCUGUGAUGGGGAUUUGGGGGCGAUGAGGUGGAUUUUAAUAAACAGUCUGGAAAUGGA